GUAAACAUGCUUCUCCCUUUCCUCCUUCACACACGCACACAUAAAUAAACGCACGCGCCGACGUUAACACGCGGCCGAGCGCGCCACCACAAAACUUGCCACGGCUCCCGCCACAAGGGCAAAAACAGGAAAGCAUCCAGAAAGUUGGGCAACGUGGCGCGCUUCCUCUCCCCCCCCCGCGCCUCCUCCCAACUCCCCUCACGCGCGCGCCUGGGUGCGUGUUUUCGUUUUUCCAGUUCUCCUCACGGAAAGCUUCUCUCAUUUGUUUUCCUCACCGUUGUACUUUUUUCUCCUUCCUUAACUACAGUACUUGAAGAAAGACAGUGGUGGUUGGUGGUGGGAGGAAGCACAACUUUGGAAGGGGUGCCCCCACCCCCUUUUUUAUUUUUUUGCCUCCACUUGGAACAGGGAAGAGAAUAAAUCAAUAAAGGCGGAGCGGCGACCGCGGGAAUAAAAGUGGUAGCAGCAGAAGGACAUCCAGUUACAAUUAAAAGGGAAGUUACUUCUCUUUGGAGGAAAAGAAAACUGAGUUACCUCCAUGGAAGACACUCAGGAUUUAAAUGAACAGUCAGUGAAGAAAGCGUGCACAGAUUCAGAUGUUUCAGAACCUCAGAAUUCCAGAUCUAUGGAAAUGCAGGAUCUAGCAAGCCCUCAUAAUCUUGUGGGAAGCAGUGAAACACCUGGUAGUUCUAAACUGGACAAAUCUAAUCUUAGCAGCACAUCUGUUACAACAAAUGGAACAGGCGGAGACAACAUGACUGUUUUAAACACUGCAGACUGGUUACUGAGUUGCAGCACUCCCUCUUCUGCAACAAUGUCUCUUCUUGCAGUCAAAACAGAACCUAUGAACAGUAGUGAAUCAACAGCAACAACAAGUGGAGAUGGAUCUCUUGACACGUUUACUGGGUCAGUAAUAACAAGUAGUGGCUACAGUCCAAGAUCAUCACAUCAGUAUUCGCCUCAGCUAUAUUCUUCCAAGCCCUAUCCACAUAUUCUUUCUACUCCAGCAGCACAGACAAUGUCUGCCUAUGCCAGUCAGACCCAGUAUUCAGGAAUGCAGCAGCCAGCAGUGUAUACAGCCUAUUCACAGACUGGGCAACCUUACAGUUUACCCACUUACGAUUUGGGUGUAAUGUUGCCAGGCAUCAAGACAGAAAGUGGACUUUCACAAACGCAAUCACCCUUGCAGUCCGGGUGCCUUAGUUACAGCCCAGGAUUCUCCACACCACAGCCAGGCCAGACACCAUAUUCAUACCAAAUGCCAGGUUCUAGUUUUACACCAUCCUCCACUAUUUAUGCAAACAAUUCAGUCUCAAAUUCUACAAACUUCAGUAGUUCACAACAGGAUUAUCCAUCAUAUACAACUUUUGGCCAAAACCAAUAUCCACAGUAUUAUUCAACAUCAACAUAUGGAACAUAUAUGACCUCAAACAACACCACAGAUGGUACCUCUUCUUCAUCAUCAACGUACCAGCUCCAGGAAUCUCUCCCUGGGCUCACUAGUCAACCAGGUACAGAUCUUCAUCCAGGAGAGUUUGACACUGUACAGAGCCCUUCAACACCAAUCAAAGAUCUGGAUGAAAGGACGUGUAGGAGUUCUGGGUCAAAAUCAAGGGGCAGAGGGCGGAAAAAUAACCCAUCACCCCCUCCUGACAGUGACUUGGAGCGCGUAUUUGUUUGGGAUUUGGAUGAAACUAUCAUUGUCUUCCAUUCACUUCUUACAGGAUCUUAUGCACAAAAAUAUGGAAAGGAUCCACCUGUGGCAGUGACUCUUGGACUUCGAAUGGAAGAAAUGAUUUUUAAUCUUGCAGAUACACAUUUAUUUUUCAAUGACUUAGAGGAAUGUGAUCAAGUACAUAUAGAUGACGUUUCGUCAGAUGACAAUGGACAAGACCUAAGUACCUACAGUUUUGCAACUGAUGGCUUCCAUGCAGCUGCAAGUAGUGCAAACCUUUGUCUGCCAACAGGUGUAAGAGGAGGAGUUGACUGGAUGAGGAAGCUGGCAUUCCGCUAUAGAAGAGUAAAAGAAUUAUAUAAUACUUACAAGAACAAUGUAGGAGGACUUCUUGGCCCUGCAAAAAGAGAUGCAUGGCUGCAGUUAAGAGCAGAGAUUGAAGCUCUCACUGACUCCUGGCUAACAAAUGCACUUAAAUCACUAUCAAUUAUUAGCACAAGGAGUAACUGUGUAAAUGUUUUGGUAACAACAACUCAACUUAUACCAGCCCUUGCAAAAGUCCUGCUGUAUAGUUUAGGAGGUGCAUUUCCUAUUGAAAAUAUUUACAGUGCAACUAAAAUAGGAAAAGAAAGCUGUUUUGAGCGUAUAGUGUCCAGGUUUGGCACUAACAUAACUUAUGUUGUGAUUGGAGAUGGCCGAGAUGAGGAGCAUGCAGCUAACCAGAUGCAGUACAGGUGCUGGGAUUGUCUUGUAGUUUUCCCCCCCAGAAAAUCAGCACAACAUGCCUUUCUGGAGAAUAUCUAGUCACUCGGACCUCCUGGCUCUACACCAAGCGCUGGAAUUAGAGUAUUUGUAACUGCUGUCACAUAGUUGACAAAUACUUUUUAUAUUUCAAAGUACACUGAUAUUUUUUAUGUGUGAUCCAGUGCCUCUGGCUUUUACACAUAUGUAUGGUCUUAAGAAGGAAAAGCAAUAUUUGGAAUGAAAAUUCCAUUGUGAAGAAUUGAGAUCACGGAUUGGUGGAGUUACAAGUUUUAAUUCUACACAAGGAUGUUCUACAUGGUCUUAUACACACAACAUUUUUGACGAUUAAAGAACUAUAAAAGAAGGUUGCUGGUACACACCAAUGAGCCCUAGCCAGAGUGAACAGCUUUUGCAAUGGACUCAGACUGGGAAAGCAAUGACACGCGUUUUCUGAUCGACAAGGGUGGUAUUCAACAACAUUCCUCACUAUGGGAUAUAUUCUCAGCACUGAGGUUUGAAUCAAACUUUAGUCUACCUAACCCAAAAAAUCUGAAUUGGAAUGUACUCAAACUGUGCAUUGACAAUCCUGUCUAGAUCUGUAAUAUGUGUAAAUUAUUGAUGAAAAUAAUUUACUGUGACUUUAUUAGCAGCUGACUUUGGAAGUGGAUGCAAUUUCUUUCAUUUUGGAGGUGUGUGGGAUGGGGGUAUAUAAUAAUUAUUAUUGUCUCUCUUAUAAGUUUGGCAAACAGAAUGUGCAUAAUGAUGUGUUGUGCCUUAAAAGACAAGAUCUUGUUUGUGUGUUACAAUGUAACAUUGGUUUAAAAUAAUGUAGAUAAAAGAAAUAAACCUUUGUGAUAAUUUUUGAGAUGACCAAAUUUCAAAUUCAAAUAAUCAAAAGACAAGGGUGUGUAUCAAAAGCACUUAAAAGUUUGUUGCAGUAAGGGGUGGGGGAAGUAUAAUAAUUGACAGCUGGUGCUUUUAUUUAGUUUCUUAAUAAUUCCACAGAUUGCAGGAGGCAAGUAACUUAAGAGAAUGUCAAGAGGCUGAAGUGAUAUUGGGCACUGUGGGAUUAAUAAUUAAAAUGGCUGAUUACUUGAGAACCAUUUCUCCAUUUUCAUCUUUAAAGGAAGAAAACAAGUACUUGCACUGCAAGGAGCUUGAUUUCAUAAAGUACAUGUAAGGAGCCGCAAAUUAUUUCCCAUUUACCAAGUCUCAAAUUGUUAGCCAGUAGGUUACAUGAAAACAUGGUUGAUUCCUUCAAAAAAUAUACAAUGUGCCCUCUCCUUCCUUGUGUGCUGUUCUGGGGGAUUCUCCCAACCCACCCAAGCCAAUUUGGGAAAUGUGUACAGGGGAAGAAGAGUGAGGAACUCUCUUUGAGCAAGUGGAAAUCCUUGUGUGGGCUUCUGGUAGUGGGAUCAGUUAUCUGGCCCUUGGUAGCCACCAUUUUGUUGGAGUACAGUUCAAAUUGCCUCCCCAUUGACCAUGCUGGCUGAGGCUAAUAAGACUUAUAGUGCAGCAACAUUGGGGGGAUGGGACACUAUGUUCACUAGUCCAACUUUAGGUUGUUCACAGUAUGUUGUAGCCAACAGUCCAGGAAUUUCCACCAGCAUGUUGUUUAUUAAAACAUUUUCUAACUAAUUUUAAGCUUGGAGAAAAAGUUCAGCAUAGCACUCAAUGGAACUCUUUCCUUUCUCCCCUCUGUGGUCAGCCCUUUACCACACAUAUCACGCAUGCUAGCCAUUACUUUCAACAGUAGACCAGUGUGUGUGUCCUGUAUUCUUACCAUCUCCAUGGCUCCAGCUUGCAAGUUACUCUGUGCAUGUGUAGCCACUGUGUGUGUGUGCAUGCCAUUGCUCACAAUGGCGGGACAGGAUGUGCUUUCCAUAUACCUAUCCAGCCAUUAUAUGCUCUGCUUUCUAGCUCUCUGCCUACCAGUUACACCUUUUGUUGACAUGUGGCUUGUGGAAUGGAUGCUUGGGAAGGAGAGAGGUAAUACUGGGGCAGCUAUAGAUCAGCCCCUUAUUAAUGCCUGCUGCACUAUGGUAUGCAUGCAUGGCAAAGGGCCAGCUGGAUACAGACAGUGCUCCAUGGAACUGUUUUCAGAUACCCUCCUACAGACACAACUGCAUUUGUGUAGGGUGAAUGAUGUACUUAAUUUUCUAUUUUUUAUAUUGAAAUUCUAAUUAUUGGAGUAAAUUUAUGUCAUUUUAUUUCUGAAAAGGUUUAUCUUUAAUAACAGCACUGGUGUAGAAUAAUUCAGUGUGAUAAUUCGGUUUCUGGUUUUCUUUCUAGUAAUGUUCCAGGAAAGAGAAUUAUAUAUACGUGUCCCUACACUCUUGUUCUCUACUUUGCAGUCCCAGUGUUUUAAUUAAUCUCAAAUAACAAGUUCUCCAGUAUCGACUUUUGGUGCAAAAGAUCCUUAAAAUAGUGUAUGAUGAGCCAUAUGCCAUCCCACUAUGCAGUGGGUACAUAUAUACUGUUAUUUGGGAGGAUGAAAAAACUUCAAGUUUUGUAGCUUCAAAGAUAAAAAGGCACAUAUGCAGUUAUGUCAUAAAAAUAAUCAGUUUGUGUGAAAUGUAACCCAUUCCUGUUUUCCCAUUUGUAAGGUUCUUUAGUAAACGCACAACCUUUACAAUAACUGAUGUGCACAGAAAUCAGUAUUUUAGCUCCCUAGGGCACAGAAAAAGAGGGCAGAGGAACAGGCGUUAAGUGAAUCAGAUUAUAAUGUGAAUGUAAAACCUGUACUACCUGCAAUUGACAUAUGCAGCACAAUCCCACGCGUGGUUACGCAGGAGUACAUCCAACUGUGUUGAGUGUGGCUUAUUUCCAGGAAAGUGUGCACAGAAUUGCAGAUUCAGAUUCUCUGCUGUGCUGUGUCCUGCAUUAACAAUAUUCGUAACCAGCCGGAGAGAGGGUCAGUGUUGCGACUUCUUAGGCUAAUGUGUAAAAGUGUUUUUCACUGAUGCAACAAUAGCCAGGAAGGAUGGGAUAUAUAGUCAAAAAUAUCUGGAGGGCUCCAUAUGGGCUGACCCUGUGCUAAUCUGUGCUGGAUUUUGCCCUUGUGGACAUACCAAAAAGGAAUACUUAAAUCAUCAUGUCAGAUAAUGAAGUUCCUUGCUCCGCAUUGAUGCAUUCCGAUGCAUAAAUCUGAGUGAGAUAUCUCUUUGGUUCAACUACUUACAGGCUAUUGAUUCAAGGUUUUUUGUUUAAAGGAAAGGUACUUGGCAUAUAUACUUUUUUAAAAAGGCAGCCAUGUUGGUCCAUAAGGGAAAACUCCAAAAUCUGCAGCUUGAAUGUGUUUUUUAGGACCAACCAAAAUGUCACUAAACAGGAGAAUUUUGAGUUCCCCCGAACUUGUCAUCAAGCUAGACUCGUGUUAUAAAUGUAGAUUUCUUGCAGAGAUUUUUUCUUCAACCAUUUUUAAAGAGAUAUAUUCCAAUGACACACAGAGAAUGAAAACCAGCUUAUGUUGACAAAAAUGUAGAAUACCAUUAAUGCAUAUUUUAUUCUUCAGAAAUAGUGUGUAGUUGACAGUAUGAUGUGGUCACAACAGAUACACAGUUCUGAUGUGGUCUGUAUUCAUUGAGUCCCCCCCCCCAAUAUUUCCAUUAAUAUUCUGAUUCACAAAAACUCAUAUAAAUGAUGUUGAUGCUGGAGGGAGAGGGGGCUAGGUUUGCAAUUGCAAGCCCUUCUACACCAGCCUCUGUGUCUAGAGAGAAGUGAGGUCUGUAGGCCUCCACUGCAGUAACAGCCCAAGUUUUGGGUAACCUGCCUCCAGUGUUGUCCCAAAAUGGUCAUUUUGUGGUGGGGCACACAGAAAUUCAACGUUCUUCAGAUUCCCUGAGGGGUCUGAUCCUCAGCUAUACCAGCCUUGAAACUGUCACAAUAAAAACUGGUGGAAAACACCCUCUUCCUGUUCUCUGACCUAGCUGGCAGUAAUCAAAGAGAAAAUCUUAAUAACAA